GCAGUUUCCUUCCAUUUUUCCGAGCAAAAGUAAAGAAUGGCGAAGAUAUAUCUACUUAAAUUGCUCCACAUUGUGUCAUUGCAUUUGCAAAUUUUCAAGCCACGCCAAAAUUGUGAGGAGCUAGACGGGAGCGGCAAUACCAUGUGGAUAGAGAUCUUCGGUUGCCUGUUCAUUUACAAAUUGUUCAGGCGUUUAUUGAACGAUGUAGAUGUUUUGGAGCUCGAAACCUCUGAUUCUAGUGCUCUUUUCGGAGUCGCAAAUCGGUUUGAAAAGCUUUAUGGUGGAAAGGUGUAUGUGGGGCUUCGAAUACCAGACGCCGACACCGGUUCACGACAGAAUGUCGACAUGGUUCUUGUCACCGAAGGGGACGCAGUGGUUAUAUCUGUUAAGAAUUUAUCUGGAAUUGUAUACUUGAAUGCGGAUGGCAGCUGGAAUUGUGAAAGCGGCAAUAAGCACCAAACAGAGCGUCUUCCUGAUCCUCUGAUGGAGACUAAAAAACAAGCUUCAAUUCUUGAAUCAUAUCUUGAACAGAGAGGAGUUGCUUUACCAGAAGGAUAUUUUUCUUGCAAAGUUGUACUGCCUAAUCCGAACCUCCGUAUCAUCCCUUCAAGCGAUUUUCCCUCCGAGGUCAUCACCUACGACCAGUGGGUACAACAGAAACCAGAACCUAAACGUAUGUUUUCUGGUUGGUUGAAAGGUGGCUUUCGCGGUGGUAAGAAAGAGAUGCAAGAAUCUAUACAUGAGAAGCUUAAUUUCAUCCUUCGCACAGCUCCAAUGUGGGAUAGGGUGGAGCUUCAAGGCAACAAAUAUGUCCUAGGGGAAUUUCUGGAAUUUAUGGGGAAGCAGGAGGACAUCCAGGCUUUGAAAAAUAUUAAAAGAUCAAAAGUCAGUCGUCUGAUCAUCAAAAAGAGAAGCUGGUUUGGAUUAACCCCCUAUAUGCUUCAAGUUUUGUACUCGCCUCGGGAUUAUAGGAGUGAAGGGACUUCAGAUUCUGAGUGGAAGGAACUUACUGUAAGAUCGAGUACCGAGGUUUUCUUUCGGCCUGAGAAUUCAACCAAAGUCCACAAAUCCAAGCUCUCUUCCAUCAUCUCCUUGUCGCUGACUGCUUAAAGCCUCUGCUGAUUAAUCCAGCAUCAAAUUUCACACCUGAAAAUCAUCCUUUCCUAAUGUACUUAUGUGAAGAGAAUCAGGAUACUUGUGAUAUUAAUCUAGAUUCCCUCUUGUAGCCAUAGUGAUUAUUAUGUCUCUUCAUCUUUUGUCGCCCUUAUUUAUGUUUUGUUUGUUUGUUUGGAUAUUAUUUUGGUUGUAUAAAAAUAAAAUUGUUUCUUUAUGUCUAUUUUGUUA